CCUGCACCUCAAGCAGACACGCCAGGCUCUCAGACCCAGCCCAUGGACCUGCGGGUGGGCCAGCGGCCCUCGGUGGAGCCCCCUCCAGAGGCCCCACUGCUGGCCCUGCAGCAUCCCCAGCGCCUGCACCGCCACCUCUUCCUAGCAGGCCUGCAGCAGCAGCAGCGCCCAGCAGAGCCCAUGAGGCUGUCCAUGGACCCACCGAUGCCCGAGCUGCAGGGCGGGCAGCAGGAGCAAGAGCUGCGGCAGCUUCUCAAUAAGGACAAGAGCAAGCGAAGUGCCGUGGCCAGCAGUGUGGUCAAGCAGAAACUGGCUGAGGUGAUCCUGAAGAAACAGCAGGCGGCCCUGGAGAGGACAGUGCACACCAACAGCCCCAGCAUCCCCUACAGAGCUCUCGAGCCCCUGGACACGGAAGGAGCUGCCCGCUCCGUGCUCAGCAGCUUUCUGCCUCCUGUUCCCAGCCUGCCCAGUGACCCCCCCGAGCACUUCCCCCUGCGUAAGACAGCCUCUGAGCCCAACCUGAAGCUGCGCUGCAAGCCCAAGAAGUCCCUGGAGCGGAGGAAGAACCCCCUGCUCAGGAAGGAGAGUGCCCCUUCCAGCCUCCGACGGCGACCUGCAGAGCCCCUGGGAGACUCAUCCCCCAGUAGUAGCAGCACACCCGCCUCAGGGUGCAGCUCCCCCAAUGACAGCGAGCAUGGCCCCAACCCCGUCCUGGGCUCCGAGGCGCUCUUGGGCCAGCGGCUGCGGCUGCAGGAGACCUCUCUGGCCCCGUUCGCCCUGCCGACAGUGUCCUUGCUGCCCGCAAUCACGCUGGGGCUGCCUGCCCCUGCCAGGGCUGAUGGAGACCGCAGGACCCACCCGACUCUGGGCCCUCGGGGCCCCAUCCUGGGGACCCCCCAUACCCCCCUCUUCCUGCCCCAUAGCCUGGAGCCCGAGGCGGGGGGUGCCUUGACCUCUCGCCUGCAGCCCGUUCUCCUCCUGGACCCUGCGGUCUCUCGUGCCCCCCUGCUGACUGUGCCCGGUUUCGGGCCCCUGCCCUUCCACCUCGCCCAGUCCUUGCUGGGUAGUGAGCAGCUCUGUGCGUCCAGUCUCCACCGGCCGCUCAGCCGCACCCGCUCCGAGCCCCUGCCCCCCAGCGCCGCCAGCCCUGCACUGUUGGGCCCCCUGCAGCCCUGCCUGGAACAGCUGGAACCUCACUUCCCACUGGUCAAGAGAACAGCUAAGCCAAGUGAGAAGCCCCGGCUACAGCAGAUACUUUCGGCUGAGGACCUGGAGGCAGAUGGCGGCACCAGCCAGGUGGUGGACAGCAGUCUGGAGCAUCGGCAGCUGGAGGCCAGGGUCCCUGUCCUGCAGCAGCACCAGCAGGUGUUGCUCCGGGAGCAGCAGCGUCUGGCUGGGCGGCCGCCCCGGGCAGGCUCUGGGGACCCUGUGCUGCUUCCCCUGGCCCAGGGUGGACACCGGCUCCUAUCCAGGACCCAGUCCUCCCCCGCUGCGCCUGCCUCACUGCCAGCCCCUGAGCCUGCAGGCCAGCCCCGGGUCCUCUCCAGCUCUGAAGCCCCCACCAAGACCCUGCCCUUCAUCACAGGGCUGGUCUAUGACUCCGUCAUGCUCAAGCACCAGUGCUCCUGUGGAGACAACAGCCGGCACCCGGAGCACGCCGGCCGCAUUCAGAGCAUCUGGUCCCGGCUGCAGGAGCGUGGCCUCCGCAGCCAGUGUGAGUGUCUCCGCGGCCGGAAGGCCUCCCUGGAGGAGCUGCAGUCUGUGCACUCCGAGCGGCACAUGCUCCUCUAUGGCACCAACCCCCUCAGCCGCCUCAAACUGGACAACGAGAAGCUCUCAGAGCUCCUGGCACAGCGGAUGUUUGUGAUGCUGCCCUGUGGUGGUGUCGGGGUGGACACCGACACCAUCUGGAAUGAGCUGCAUUCUUCCAAUGCCGCUCGUUGGGCUGCAGGUAGCGUCACUGACCUCGCCUUCAAAGUAGCGUCCAGAGAGCUCAAGAACGGCUUUGCUGUGGUGCGGCCCCCAGGACACCAUGCAGACCAUUCCACAGCCAUGGGCUUCUGCUUCUUCAACUCGGUGGCCAUCGCCUGCCGGCAGCUGCAGCAGCAAGGCAAAGCCAGCAAGAUCCUCAUCGUAGACUGGGAUGUUCACCAUGGCAACGGCACCCAGCAGACCUUCUACCAGGACCCCAGCGUGCUCUACAUCUCCCUGCAUCGCCAUGACGACGGCAACUUCUUCCCUGGCAGUGGGGCUGUGGACGAGGUCGGAGCUGGCAGCGGUGAAGGGUUCAACAUCAACGUGGCCUGGGCUGGAGGCCUGGAUCCUCCCAUGGGGGAUCCCGAGUACCUGGCUGCAUUCAGGACAGUGGUGAUGCCCGUCGCCCAGGAGUUCUCGCCCGACCUGGUCCUGGUGUCCGCCGGGUUUGAUGCUGCUGAGGGACACCCAGCCCCACUGGGUGGCUACCGCGUUUCUGCCAAGUGUUUUGGGUACAUGACGCAGCAGCUAAUGAGCUUGGCAGGUGGUGCCGUGGUGCUGGCCUUGGAGGGUGGCCAUGACCUCACUGCUAUCUGCGACGCCUCCGAGGCCUGUGUGGCUGCUCUUCUGGGCAGCAAGGUGGAUCCCCUGUCGGAGGACACCUGGAAAAGGAAGCCCAACCUCAAUGCCAUCCGCUCCCUGGAGGCUGUGAUCCGGGUGCACAGUAAAUACUGGGGCUGCAUGCAGCGCCUGGCCUCCUCGCCGAACAUCUGGGUGCCCAGCGUGCCUGGGGCUGAUGCAGAAGUCGAGGCUGUGACUGCACUGGCAUCCCUCUCUGUGGGCAUCCUGGCUGAGGACAGGCCCUCAGAGCAGCUGGUGGAAGAGGAGGAGCCCAUGAAUCUCUGAGCCUUGACUCGGAUCAGCUGCCGCCUGGCCCCUCUGAGGCUGUACCACCGGCCCCAUCCCAGGUCUCCAGAGAUUUUGGGCAGGUAGUGUGGCGCCAGAGAACAGCCAGCCUUAACCAUCGUCCCACCAGGGAGCAUGAAAAGGACCCCAGGUGUAAGAUAGGGACCAGAGGGGACCCUGAGGAGGCACUAGGUGCCAGCCCCAGCAGGGCUUACCUGAGAACAGGGGCCCCUGGGUGUGGGCCCGGCCUCCGUCAGGACCGCACAAGGAGGACUGGCUGGGUGGGCCCAGCCUUAACCACUAUCCUCGGCUCUGCAGACCCCCGACUUUGCACACAGGCUCCACGCAGAAAUGUGAACUUGGCCCAGCCAGGGCGGCCCCUCCCAGGUUCUGCAGGGUGGCUUGGAGGAAAGGGGUUCCCUAUUCUGAGCACGGGGGAAUCACGGCCCCCAGUGCCCUGGAAGCUUCCUCACCAUGGGCACCAGGAGCCUAAGACAUUCCUGGAGCGGGCACCACGGACCUCCCACCCAGCUGCUGCCCCCACCGGAGACCACUGUGUCUGCCACCUUGGUCCCCAGUGGCACGGACAGGCGCUUUUACAGCCCUGUGCGUUCCAGUCCAGCGGCGGCAAGGCCUCAUCUCCCCUCAGCAGCUCAGCGGGACCCACGGCUCCCUUGUUGCUGCUCCCACAGCCUCCCGUUUUCUGGGGUCUCCGCCACCCCUGCACUGUCUCACGCCCCACACAAGACUCGCACAGCUGUGGGGAAGAGGGUGGGAGAGUAGACGGACAUGGGAGGGGAGCCUGCCCUAGCCAUGUUUCUGAGGCUUUUGGGGUCCCUGCCUGGGGCCAAGAAGGAAAGUAUUUGUGCGUGCCUGUGAGUGUGAGUGAGCAUGUGAAAGUGUGUGAGUGUCUUCCCCAGGACCCAGCAUUCCCAUGUACGUAUGCAUGUUUUUGUAAAAAAGAAAAAAAAAAAAAAAAAAAAAAAAAAACGGAAAAAAAUCUGAACAAUAAAUGUUUUAUUUGCUUUAA